GCUGGGGAGCCUGGAGUCCUUGUGGCUCCAGAGGAACCAGAUCCAGGAUCUUCCUGUGAACCUGGACCGCAUGAGGAGCCUGGAGACCCUGGUGCUGAGCCAGAACCGGAUCCGGGACAUCCCAGACCUGCUGGAGGGCAUGGAGCGGCUCAGGUUCGUAAACUUCCGCGACAAUCCGCUGCGACUGGAGGUGACCCUGCUGACCCCCAACACGCGGUCCGCGGCCCCAAAGGAGGACCAGGAAGUGGAACAGGAAGUGGAUCCGGACAACCAGGAAGUGGAUCCGGAAGAGCAGGAAGUGGAGCCGUUCGGACGGGAGUUCAUGCUAGCUUACAUCCGGGAGGCGCGGCAGAGGAAGAGGGGGGGUUCAACAUCUGGUCCCGCCGUAAACCAGGACCCGGACCGAGACCAGGAACUGGAUCCAGGGCGGAACUUUUGA